CCACAGCCGCAGCGCAGGCGGCAGGCCUGCCGUCGCUGGCUCGCUCGGUGGUACGCCUACGCUUAUCCGGCGACGUAAUCCACGAUGCGAGACCGAGACAGCUGGGACCCUGGUCCUCGCGUCCUGCUUUGCUCUGGCCGGUCUGCUAAACCCUGACACCAUCUUGUGCAGCUGAACAGUCGGUCGUCUCUACCCGAUCCGCAUCCGCCUGAUGAAUCUUGAGCUGAUUAGGUAUAAUCUGCUUUAGCUGCAACGAAGAGAAGCUGUGAUCAUGGCAUCACUAAGUGCUGACCUUUUCUAUGACAUACUCAAGCGUCUUGAUGCUGCGGCUCUGGCGAGAGCAGGCUGUGCUUGUGCUGACUUCCGUGCCAUAUCAAAUGAAGAAGACUUGUGGGAGAAUGCUUGCACAUCUCUGUGGCCGUCGACAGGACUUGAUGAUGUUAGGAGCUUGAUUGUUUCUGUUGGUGGAUUCAGGAAGUUCUAUGCUGAUUGUUUCACCCUUAUAUUGAACAAAGAUGUUCCUGUAGUUCAGACAAAUGAAACUAAUCCCUUUGCAGAAGAAUGGGUCGAGUCUGACUACUACUAUGGUGACAUGGAUGAGCUUGAAAACUCCCAGCCUUCAGACUUUGUAUCUCUAAUUGACGUAUGGUACAAAGACCGCGCACUCUACUCGAAGGUCAUAUGGGGAAUUCCCAACUCAGAUGGUGCCAAUGGAUGGUUCUAUAACUGUCCAUUCCGUAUAGACUUAUUUCAUCACUCAGCUGAGAACAACGAGAACAAUAAUGGAGAGGUAUUCCUAUCAACCAUCAGUGACUUGCCAUCGGUACCCUCAAUGGAGCAAGAAAGGAAAGACGGGAAACUUUGGAGGGAACUUAAUGAUGGCAUAAAGUUGAGCUGGAUCAUUGUCAACAGAAAGAUGAAGCGGGCAGUGAACCUGACAAGUUGGCACCCACUGGGUGGGCAGAGGCACUGGCCAACUGAUACUGAUUUUGUUCUACGGUUUGGAUCUGUCCUUCCGGCAAAGGAGGUCCUGCCGUGCCAGGUAGCAGAAUGCAUUCUGCUGAUGAAAUUCCGCAUGACAAGCAUGGGGAGUGAGGAGGCUGGGGAACUAUCGACUCUUGCUUUGACGGAACUGAGUAUGCAGAUCGAAGACAUGGGUGGGGUUCAUCUCAACGGGCGUUGCAGCCUCCUCCUCCUCAAGGAGGCACUGAGCUGCCAUCGGAGUAGGAAUUACGAUGAGGUGCUGGAGUCUUGCAAUUUGUAUCUGAAGGCACAGAGCGAGCUGAAAGAAGAGAAGAUACGCAGUGAAUGCCGGUUUGACACACUUUGUAUUGUCAGUGGCAUUACAAUAUUUGCUGCAAUCUGCACCAUGUGCUAUAGAAAGUUUGAGAACGUUUGACUCAAGGGUAGUUGCAGAGUUGCUGAAUUCUAAUUCGUAAAGCAUUCUGUAUAGUGUGGAUUUCAGAAAUGAUGUAAUGCAUGCUUGUGAGCUGGUAAACACAGCAGACUAAUUGCUGGUAAUUAAUUCAUCUUUAGAUC